AUGCCUAAUGCGAGUGCCUCCGAUAAUUUGCUAGCUAAUGACCCUGUUCUCAAUGCCACAGGCUUGACGAUUGCGGGAGAAAACGCCCUGGUGGCUCUUUCUAGAGCGUUAUCGAUGUUAGGGCAGGCUUCAAAUGCUGUUUUCAGCAUUACCGGUACUAUAAUAUCUCAAGGCUUUUGGCAAGUGUUGAGGUUCUUCUUGUUAAGAAUCCCUUCAUGGCUUGUUUUGUCUUCAAGCUUCAGCAUCACGCUUUCAUUUUCGACGCUGGUGCUUACCUUUUUAGCGAUGAUGCUAGCAACGUACUACGUUUUGAGGAGCCGAUUCCUUAACGCGUACAAACUUCUGCAACCCGACGACAGCGAUGAGAAGCAGCUGAAAAGCAAGAAACAACGUGACGAAACCGAAGCGUUGUUCUUGAGCAAGUUAGAUCAGAAGCACAAAAACGGGUUCACCUCAUACCUGGAUGAAUUUCUCAGCGCCAUUAAAAUAUUCGGUUACCUCGAAAAACCUGUUUUCCACGAGCUCACAAAGGACAUGAAGACACGUAGGCUCCAGGAGGGUGAGGUUCUCUUGGUGGAUGACGCCCUAGGGUUUGCCAUAGUUGUCGAGGGUAGCUUACAAACUUACCAUAAAGUACAGCGCAUUCCAGGUAAAUACCAGCCAGAAUACGCCAAUUCGGAUAAUAUUAGCAAUUUUGAAAGCGAAGAUGGCCUUUCUUCGCACUAUGAUGGUUACACGUUGAAUGGCGAAAAGUAUCAGCUUUUGAACAAAGUCAAAGCCGGAAAUCCUGUCUCCUCUUUGGUGAGUAUUCUCAAGCUAUUUACUGGCAAUUGCGAAGUGAAUCCCUUGAACAAAUACAUGAAAAGCUCCGGCCAGCGAAGUGGUUCCCACCGUAACCUAAUGUCGCCUUUUCUUGACUCGACUCUUGAAGAACACCAUGCCGAACUGUCGAAACAACGCCCACCCCAAAAAUUAAACCUAGAUUCCAGUUUGCUCGAGCAGGACUCGGAAGCCGCUUCCAGAGAUAUGGGCGAUGGUCGCAAAGGUAAUAUCUCGCGGCCAGACUCAGUAUCAACCUCCGUCUCGUCAUCGCGUAGCCCACUACCCGACAUCAUUGCUUGUGCCUCCAACGACUGUACAAUUGCCAUCAUUCCAGCUGCGGCCUUUCGCAAGCUUACAUCGAAAUAUCCUCGUUCGGCCUCUCACAUAAUACAAAUGGUUUUAACGAAGCUCUACAGGGUGACCUUUCAAACCGCACACAGCUACAUGGGAUUAACAAAAGAGAUUAUCAAGACGGAGGUGGAUUUGAAUAACUCUAGCGAUUCUGAACUUCCUUAUUACUUGAAAGAAGCCGCUAUACGUAAAAUAAAGCUGAACGAAAAAGCACAAGGUGACGCGAAGAAUGAAAGCAAAGUGCAAUCGGGUGCAUCCAGAACCGGUGUUGGAAAUGCCACCAGCAAGUCCCGUAAGAGUCCCCAUAGUUUUUUAAAAAGUCGAGGUUCUCGUCAUGUCGUGUUGGAUUCCAGAGACCAUCUUAACCCUGGUGAUUUGUUAUCUAACGUACCACUCUCCCGAAAAGAGCACCCUAUCAUUCGUGGCACAUCUGUAAACUCGCUUAAUAACGCUGAUGCCUCAAGCUCUGUCAAAAGUGCCAAACAUUCCAAUCCCCUAUUGGGUCAAUACCUGCCCUCGUUUUCUUCUGUCACAGAUCAGUCAGUGCCAGUAAAUAAAAGCGCCCACAGUGCUGCUCCCAGCUCUUCAAAGGAGGACGACGAGAUUCGAGCAAGAACUUUCUCUGCCGUACAAGAAGAAACCGAAGAAUCAUCAUGGAGGAUUGCUUUGGUUGAGGGAAUGUUUUCUUAUCUUGGAAUUACUCAAGAAAACAUAUUACCAGCCCCAGAAGAAAAGGAUUCAUCAUCUAUCAUGUUAGCAAAUUCUGAAGUGUCGCGCACUCCAUCUUCACAAUUUGGGCCUGCUUCUUCUUUCCGCUUAUUAGCCCCUAACCAAUUUGUUACCAAAAAGAGGCCCAAUCUCCAGAGCAAGAAGGAGUAUAAGGAGGAGUUUCCCUCUAAUUUCGAUUUCGACACUGUCAAGGACGAGUUUGCCCAAGGACUUCAAACAACGUUUAUUCAUGAAAACUCUGUCUUGGUUUCGCAAAACUGCUAUAACCCAGGUCUCUUUUAUGUCAUCGAAGGCUCGAUCGAGGUUAUAUGGACCAAUGAAGAAGAUAGCACUGAGCAUACCCUAUAUGUUGUGAAGCCAGGCGGGAUCGCAGGUUACUUGGCUUCCCUCAUCGGCAGUAAAUCGUUCGUGACUCUCAGGGCACAAUCAGACCUUUAUGUUGGGUUUUUACCGGUUCCUGUGUUAGAACGACUUUGUGACAAAUACUUCAUGAUAUACUUGAGGAUUGCAGAAACUUUAACGAAUUUACUAAAUCCAAAGAUCUUAAAAUUAGACUACGCUCUGGAGUGGGUUAAUCUUGAUGCUUCCGAAAUAUUAUUUCACCAGAACGAUCCAGCAAAUGCAAUUUAUGUUGUUCUCAGUGGGCGCUUGCGCCAGCUACACCAGUCAAACGAUGCCGAGCCCGCAGAAUUAAGUAGAGGAGGUGAUCCAGACUCUACCCAUAAGAGUUCUCCCGUCAGAACAGUUAGAGAAUAUGCUCAAGGGGAUAGCUUAGGGGAAGUCGAUGUAUUAACAGCGGUCAACAGAUUAUCCACUGUAGUUGCAUUGCGUGAAACUGAAUUGGCCCGGAUCCCAAGAACUUUAUUCGAACUACUUGCUUUGGAACACCCUUCAAUUAUGAUUCGAAUAAGUAGAUUGGUGGCAAGAAAAGUUUUACAGCAGCAGCGUGGAGCACAAACUCUAGAGCCACCUAAGAAUGUCAAAAGUUCUAAGUUCGACAUCAAUUUAUUGAUCCCACCAACCGAGGCCACCAAAGGAUCUGUUAUAAAUUCGGAUAGCGCUCAGACAUCAGAUGAGGAGGGAAGUGCCCACAGCUACCGAACUAUUACAAUCUUACCCAUUACGCAGGGUCUGCCGGUAGAAGACUUUGCUACCAAGCUUGUGAAUGCUUUAAAGCAAGUAGGCAUGUCUACGAUUGGGUUAAAUCAAUCGGCAACCAUAACACAUUUAGGUCGCCAUGCAUUUGACGGGCUAUCUAAGUUAAAACAAUCGGGUUACUUUGCCGAGCUGGAGGAGUUAUAUGACACCGUUGUAUAUAUUGCCGACACGCCUCUUAACUCUUCUUGGACAGCCACCUGUAUCAAUCAAGGUGACUGCAUCCUUCUUCUUGCCGAUUCAGCAAUGUCGCCAGGCGUUGGUGAAUUCGAACGGUUAUUAGUGAAAAUGAAGUCAAACGCAAGAAUUGAAUUGAUCCUUCUGCAUCCCGAGAGAUACGUUGAACCGGGCCUCACCCAUAAGUGGCUCAAAAAUCGGAUGUGGGUUCAUUCUCAUCAUCAUGUUCAGUAUGCUAAUUCGAAGUUCAUAGGGGAAGAAAAGCCUUCAUCAUCGGCCCUGUCUGCGUCAGUAAACUUCAUCGAGAGCUUGAAACGAAAGGAACCUUUCAACGCUUUUACGAGGCAAACUCAAGAAAACUUGUCACGGCUUUUACCGGAUUCGCUGAGAACAACUGUCGAAAAUUUCUCCUCCAAAUAUAUCAGCAAAAAGCACCGAUACUACACUCCAGUGCAUACUCACAAGAAUGAUUUUCUCAGAUUAGCCAGAGUCCUUUCAGGUAAGGCCAUCGGGCUCGUGUUAGGAGGCGGAGGUGCUAGAGGAAUUAGCCACUUGGGGGUACUGAGGGCAAUUGAGGAGCACGGUAUUCCGAUUGAUAUGAUUGGGGGAACAUCAAUAGGUGCAUUUGUGGGUGGACUCUAUGCUAAAGAAUGCGAUAUUGUUCCAAUCUACGGAAGGAUGAAGAAGUUUGCCGGCCGGGUUGGAUCAUUCUGGCGGCUCCUUACCGACCUCACCUGGCCUGUGACUUCGUAUACGACGGGUCACGAAUUUAAUCGGGGAAUAUGGAAGACGUUUGGAGAUGUGCGCAUCGAGGACUUUUGGAUUCAAUACUAUUGUAAUUCAACAAACAUCACCGAAUCCAUACAAGAAAUCCACUCGACGGGUUAUGCCUGGCGGUAUAUUAGAGCUUCCAUGUCCCUUGCUGGGCUAUUACCUCCGAUGGAGGACAACGGUUCCAUGCUUUUAGAUGGUGGUUACGUUGAUAAUCUGCCUGUUUGGGAGAUGAAAGCUCGGGGGUGCAACACCAUCUUUGCCAUUGAUGUCGGAUCGGUGGACGAUCGCACUCCUCUGAGAUAUGGCGACUCGUUAAAUGGGUUUUGGAUAGUGUUUAACAGAUGGAAUCCGUUUUCCAAUCAUCCGAAUGUCCCCAACAUGGCAGAAAUUCAAAUGCGAUUGGGUUACGUGGCAUCAGUUAAUGCUUUGGAAAAGGCUAAAAGAACUCCUGGUGUAAUUUACGCUCGGCCGCCCAUCGAGGAUUAUGCAACGCUUGACUUUGCUAAAUUCGAGGAAAUUUACCAAGUGGGAACCGCUUACGGACACGAUUUCCUUCAAGAGCUCAAGAAACAAAAGAAAAUGCCUAUAAUUCCCGGCUUCGAGAUUCUUGCGAACAACUCAGAAUCGUUUAAAGGUAUGCUACACAGGCGCAACAGUGUGUGA